AAAAGGAGGGUUUCGUUACGCGAAAACUAAACUUACUUCAUCUUAUUCUUUGUUUAGUCGAAUCUGAAGCUGAGAAGUUCCGUGAAUCUGAGAGUGAAAGUAAAGACAAAACAGUGGUGUUGAAGACAUCGGAUGUAAUGGACGUUGGGUGCAACUCUGGGUCAGAGAAUCACUCCCCCAAUGCCUCUGCUCCUCCUCUUAAUUCUCCUACCGCCACCGUCAAUUCCAAGAUCGGAAAGAAUAAAUUGAGCAGGGAGUCUGGUCAAUCUACAUCAAGUGCUCUUAACAAGUGCAAAUCACAAAUUAGAAAGCCUCCUCGUCGUAAAACCUCGCCUGUUAACUGGUUCCCACGCAAAAAAGGGGAUACCUACAUGAAUAGGAAAAUUAAGAUGCUUCAGGAAGUAGAUGGUAUAAAUUUGACGCUUGAUCAGACGCUAGGCAGUUCUAACCCACAUUAUUCAAGAGUGCUGAGGGAGAAAAUGGCAGCUAGAGAAGCGGCGCAUAAGGCAAUGGAGACCCGAAGAGCUGCAUUAGUCGAAGCCUCUUGGUGUCGUAUUUUACGUUCUGCCAGGAUUCCUAGUGAUGAUGCCGAGGCUCAACUCUUAAAGGCAGAAAAAAGUGCGGAAGAAGCUUUUGGGACAGCCCAGGCUAUGGGUGUUAUUAUGUUUGACUUGCCAAACUGCCCUAGGAAGCUUUGCCAAACAGAGACAUCCUCAGUUCAUGGAGAAGGAUCAUAUACCCAUGGUGUUACUGCAUCUUUUGAAACUGCCUUUGAGGUGGACAGAGAAGUGGCUGCCGCAGUCAAAACUGCAUUUAUUAGGCUUGCAAAGUGCACUUCAUUUAGUAAAGGUGAAUUCAAAGAAUUGUUAAGAAAAAUUAGUGAAAACCCAGAUACGGGUGAAAGUAAUCAGGACCUGACUGAAUUCUGUUCAGAGUAUAAAUCUGAGUCCGGGACAGAGUUUGAUUCAGCCUCUCAAAAGAGUGACUUCAACUCCCAAGAGUUAGAUUCCGAGAUACCUUUUCUUGGGAAAAGCAGGGGGAGGAGGAGACAGUCUAUUGAGAACAGAAUAAAACUUGUGGAUAUGAUGAUUGAGAGGUUAAAAUGUUUUCAAGAAGAUGAACUUUCUUCCCUCGCCACUAUAGUUGCAACUUAUGGUUUGAAUGCUUCCUUGGCUGAAGUGCAGAAUGCCAAACUGCAUAAUCUAGACUCUUCAACUGAGUAUUCAUCCUCUUCAGCGACUAAUUUUCCUGCGAGAAGAAUGUCAUCGUUGGGAUUGGGAAAGUUAGCCUUGGAUGUGACGAGAAAGAAGCAAGUUGAGCCAGAAGUACCAAGCCUGGAUAAGUUUUUAGUUAAGCACGUGACAAAACUUGAAAGAGAGGUUUGGGAAGCCAAACAGACCCGAAAGACAAAGACAGAACCAGUCAGGGAUAGCUCUCGUAAAUCUGUUGAUGAAACUCCACCAGAGAAUGUACCUGAUUUGGGAAGUAUUCUAGUGAAGAAUUAUUCAAAAUUAGAGAAAGACAUCAAGGAGGCAAAAAUUAAGUCCGGAAAGGAGAUGCCAGCAGUUUCAAGCGACAUGACAAACAGGCCAAAGGAUCACAUAGAAGUACCAAGCUUAGAUAUGGUCUUAGUGAAACAUGUCUCAAGACUUGAAAAGGAGGUCCAAGAAGCAAAAAACAGAAGAAUCAAUGAGAAUAACAGUUUGAAGAAAGAAGUUUAUCCAGAUACAUCAGGUGAACUGGAUUCAACUUUCUAUUCUGAUGAAGCAUUGGAUAGGAAAGAAAACAUAAAUUCGAACAUAGGGUCCAAAUCAGGGGAAAACAAAGAUGGGUUGGAGAAAAUACGGGCAAGGCCAGUGCACAGAUUGGAAAGAGAGAAGCUGCAUGCGUUGUCAUUGGGAAGCCGUGAAAACUACAAACAAAGAAUGAAUCAUGAGGCAACGAAUGUUCCAGAAUAUGAGAGCUUGGAUAAAGUUUUAGUAAAGCACGUCUCUAUACUAGAGAAGGAGAAAAUGAGGAGCAAUCUGGAGGAAGAAUGGGGCCAAGUUAAGAGAAGCCACAGAAACAUCCAUUUAGAAACAAAUGAAGGCGGUCUGGAUCAGGUCUUGGUUAAGCAUAAAUCCAGACUGGAGCAAGAAAAGAUGGUUGCUGCACAGCAGCCAGAGACCACCUCAGUUAGUCGUUCAAUGACUCGUCGUGAAGCAAAGGAGAGAGAGUUGCAAGAAACGUGGGGAGGAUUGAGCUUAGGAAACGUCCAUUUGGAAACAAAUGAAGGUGGUCUGAACCAAGUGUCGGUAAAAAAUAAAUCCAGACUUGAGGGAGAAAAGAUGGUUGCUGCUGAGCGGUCAGAGAACUCGGUAAGUCUUUCAGUGUCUCGUCGUGAAGCAAGGGAGAGAGAGUUGCAAGAAGCUUGGGGAGGACUGAGCCUAGGAAACUCCAUUAAAACUCGUGUCUCUAAGCUUGAACGCGAAAAGGCUGCCUGGAUUAAAGCCGAAGAGGAGGAACGGAAGCAAGCAAUGAAAGCACUUUGAUUGCAAUAUCUCGUACAAUUCAUUCAUUCAUCCUUGUUGAUAAAAAUGUGCUAAUACUGUAUUUUGGCUAUUGUGCUUCAGCUUCUGACAAAUUGUCCAUCUCAUAGACGUCCGUUUUGAUUUCAUCCUUGCAUUAACAGAGAAGUCAGCAAAAUUAUAAAAAUGUGAGCAACUUAGUCAAUAUUUCGGCCCGGGAUAUAUUUCAGCCAGCAUAUGAGACUGUCAGCACGUUAUAAGCUCUCCAUAAAUUUGUAUCAAAUGGUAGCCAUUGAUGUAAACAAAAGAUGAUAAACUACAUAUGUAAAUGAUAAAUUCAGACAUUACACUUUAAUAAUUAUUUCGCGUUUUA